AUGGGCCUUCAUGGUAGUUUCCCGGCCUACGGUGGUCGUGGCCCCAGCGAUCUUCGCCUCGGUAUUGCUUUGGGCGCGAUUGCGACUAUCUUCACGGCGUUGCGUGUUUACGUUCGCAUCCGGAUGAACAAAUUUGGAACUACUUCACUGAUAUGGGCCCUGGCUGCUUGGUCGUUAACAACAGUGACCCAAAUUUUCGCUAUUAUUUCCAUUCUCCAUGGCCUGGGAAAUCAUAUUUCAAUUGUGCAGAAAGUGGGCGAGCUACACAAUUAUCUUCUAUUUACAUGGAUCACAGUCUUCUUCUUUAAUAUGGCAAUUCCAGUGGGAAAAGUAGCAGUUGCUGCAUUCCUGAUCGAAUUGAACUCGCAGAGCAACCCCAAAAUACGGCGCAGUCUCAUCGUCGUCGCGGUUUUGAAUAUUAUUCUCAACAUUCCUCAAAUCCUUAUGGCCUGGUUCCAAUGCAGUCCCCCGAGUGCGCUCUGGGAUCCUCUUCACCAGAACCAGUGUAAUCACACCAGGAGUGUAUAUUAUACCUACUUUGUCGGUGCGGUAGCUGCGCUUUCUGAUUUCUAUCUUGCCAUUAUUCCCAUAACCAUGCUGGUCCCUUUGCGCAUGGACCGGAAGUUGAAAUGGGGAUUGAGUUUCCUCAUGGGAUGCGGUAUCUUUGCCGGCGCCGCUGCAAUUGUCAGAACAUGGGCAGCCAAGUUCAUUAUGAGCGAUGAUUCUUCCUAUGGCAUGGGCAUCCUCUUUUGCUGGGGUGAAGUCGAAGAAUGGCUCGUCCUCAUCACCAUGUCCAUCCCACCAGUCUGGCCCCUAUUUCGACCUCUAACCAAUCAAUUCAUCAAAUACACAAGCGAUCGAAGCCAACCACAAUACAAGUAUGACGGCUACGGCCAGUCCACCCCAACGACGCGAGGACACCUGACCGAUGGACCAAUCGUCACAACCACCAUCUCGAUUUCAUCGCACAAAGGUGCGGCAAUGACGGCUGGUACCGUGGACGAAGAGGGAUCCGAUUCCCUUUCCAGAUACGAAGAAGAACCUGAGACAUCUCAGAUGCCCCUUGGCCACAAUGGUCACCCAGAAGGGUGGAUGAAGAUGUCCCAAUUCAAUAAGCAGAAUCGUACUCGGGCUCAGAAUUGA